AUGGGCCUCACGAGGCUCUCACUCCGGACUUCGAUAUCUCCUCUUCGCAUCAGAACCUCAAUCAGUAGGCUCAGAAUAUGUCCGCACAGAAGGGCGUUGUCCCGCAUGCUCUUGUGGCCCUUUCCGUGGUAUCUUAAGCAUGCUUCUUCGCCAGAUAUUGUUGAUUCGGGUCCCGACGAAAAGUUGAUCGCUCGGAUUCAACCGGGAAUUCGACAGCUCCACUGCAUUCCCUUGUUCCGGAGUAGAGACACGUCGCUAUCCUCCAUCUAUCGUAUGGUCGAGGAUCUGUGCGCGGGCCACUCACUCAUGCUGGGGUACGAAUGUGAGUACAUGUGGUAUCAUGCCGAAGAGCGCUGGAACUUGAGCAAGGUCCCGGACCCGGAAGAGUCUGAUCCUGUACUGUACGCCUUGCUUGCUAGCAUGGUAGAGUCGCUUGUUCGGGCAUUCAAUUACAAGCUCGCUCUCGGCUUGCGACGUAAUGGCGACAAGUACCUUGAGGACGAUAGGCACAUUGACUUUCCUCGGGAAACGGUGCCAGCUUGGGCAGAACAUGUCAAACCUAUUGACAAGACGCUUGACCUCCUGUCUGAUGAGCAGCGGUCUAUGAGUGGUGCUGCUGACACCAACUUCUCCAAGAGGAAUAUCCUAGCGAAUACGGGAGACCUGUACAACGUCUGA